AUGCAGUUCCCUACCUUUGCUGUCCUUGCCCUGGCCGCUGUCGCCUCGGCUGCGUCUGUCCCUCGCGCCACCACCUACGAGACCGCCAACUAUCUGUCUGUCUGCCAACAGGGCACCAACCUCUUCUGCACUGGCAACACCGGCGUCUGCCAGCGCGGCAAGACUGACACCUUCGACGCCAAGGCCACCAAGGACAACGAGGACGCCUGCAAGGGUCUUAAGCGAGGCGACAGCUGCACUCAGACCGUCGCCUGCGUCUAA